GUACAUGUGCUUUGCGCAGUCACAGCUAGGGGAACAGGAGUUACAGAAGGGAAGGAACACAGAAAAGCGCUUUUGGGGGUCAAGAGAAUGGUUCGAGUUAAAGACGGGAGUGCGUCUUCUUGCCUUCUUGCUUGUUUCAUUGUUGUCAUCAUUGUUGUCUUCAACUGCCUUCCUACCAUCUUUUUUGCUCUCUCUUCAGGAGAGAAUUCGAUUGAAUUAGAAAGCACUCACACGCACUCACAUGACAACAGCUCUCUUGGAUGCGACGAGCAGAGUGUGAAACUAGACCAUCAAUUCAACGAGGUAAAAUACGAUGUCUUGUUGUCAUCUGCUUGUCGAAAUUACCUUCCAUGGAUGAACGAUUUGCAACUUAUGAACCAGCAGAAGGAAAUUUUUAGUGGGUUUAUCGUUGUUGAUGACGGCUGCGGAUUGCAAAGGACAGAAACGGACUUGAAGCGUCUGCUUGCUCUAAAGACUUUGAUCACUAAAGACUGUUUCUCUUACGGCCUUCCCUUUAUUUGCAGUUAUUUUUACAGGCCGUUAGUAAAUGAUAGUUUGUGCAACAAGCAUUGGCCAACAAAAGACGUAUGUACGGCUGUCAAGACGGUGCACUGCCAAUCGGAAUGGAACAUCUUGAAAAGAAUUGCACAGUCACCCGACGUCUGUAUUCCACUCCCUGAUUGUACACAACUUCCAGCUCGACAUCAAAAUGAAACGAAUAAAAAGACCUUUCAAGGUAUGGUUUCCAUAUCUAUAGACUCAGCAGGGAAAGAUGAGCGAUACAAAGCUAACGGUACAUCGUCGUGCAUACGACCACUUAUUUCUUCAUCCUCGAGCAACUUUCCAUGCUCUCCUCCUUGUCCUAUAGCGGACUGGCUACUGAGAAAGGGAACUCUUUCUCUCAUUGCUUCCGCAUACUAUAUCAGUUUAGUUGUAAUAUGCAUAUGUUCGUUCAUUGUUUUCUAUACUUGGGCAAAAGUGAAAGAAUUGCAUCAGUUUCCGCACCCGAUUACUUUGCUCACGGUAGUUUUCUACCUGGUGACAGCUCUACAUUACGCUAUUGCAUUUUCCGUGGGAAACCGCGCUACCUACUGCUCGCACAGCGACGCAUUCGGCACGUGGGAGAAUCCAACUACACUUUGUAUCAUUCACGGCGCAGUUUUUCAUUUCACGUUUCUGACGUCUUUCUUUUUGUUUACAACGUCUGUAUUCAACUUCUAUGUGGCUAUAUAUGACCUUAAGAAGCCAGGACAAAGAGGCAUUUUGAGACGUCACUCGAAACUAGUUUUGGUUCUUGAGAUCGUCUUUGCCUUGGGUGUUUCUGCAACAAUCGUGUCCGCUAUUCUCGGCACUAAGUCGUAUCAAAGCGACAUCAUUCAAUUCACGUGUUUGCCAAGUUCAGGAAAUGGUCGAUUCUACUCGUACACAGUACCAACUCAAGUUGCAGGAGUGAUUGCCUUUAUCAUGGCAAUACUUAUUAUUAAGCGCAUGAGACAGUCUUUUAAAUUUCAAGUCAAACAGAGAGCAAUGAACCAAGAAUUCAAAGUUGUAGGAGUCGUUAUCACUCGCCAUUUCUUGGUUCUAGUAACGGUGGCUCCACUUCUGUUUGUAUUCGCAUUUACUAUGUUUGAGGUUUACAGCUACUUUUGGUCUGAUAAAAAUGACCAGGAAAUCGCGAAUUACAUCUUGUGCCAACAGAGUAACAGCAGCAGUGACUGUAGGUCGGAAUUUGACGAUUUAGGCUUGACAAUAUUGUAUUGCACCAUUCCAGUGUGUUUGGCUAUCUUUGGCGUAUUGCUGACGGUCUAUAGCCUAUUUCCUGGACCAGCCAGAAGGCUGUGGAUCAGAUACUUUCAAAAGUGUCGGCGCUUUGUGGCAGAAACGAAGAGUAACUGGCAGAAAGGAACGCAAGAAAACAACGAUAGACGUCAAGAACGGUGGACGAAGAAGGACUGCAAUGUCUAUUUCGUUAAAGAUUCUAAUCCGAAACGAAAGUUCGACAGACGAGAGAGCACUGUAACAAUCAUUGAUACUUUAGAUGAAACGGAAGACUGUAGCCUAAGCGAUGAAGAGAAUAUUGAUUGUACGACAGAAGACAGUAAAAGAAGGCUUUCAAGGAGCGUCCAUUCGAAGUGGGCAGAUGUUAAUGACUGCAAGGAAUACGACCCUGUCGAAGAUGACGAAAAUUGUGAAACGUGUGUCGUUUUCAAGCAACAGGAAGACAACGAGGACAGCACUUACAAAGGAACGACUCCAAAGAUUGACAAGAAAGAAAAUGCAGCCUCAGAAAUACUGAUGGAAAUAGCGGCAAAUGAGUCUGAAGAGGAUGGUGUUGUGGAGUAGAUGCUGGUAGUUAGCAUAAAGUAAGAGGUGCACAUGGUUACAAUCCCUUUGUGACCGCCUGCUGCUCAGAGCGUCAGUACUAUUGCAAUUAACCUGGACAUAUUAUUUGAAUACAUAAUGAACUCACAAUUUGUGGCAGCACUAGUGACGUAUCCAGGCGGGGUCCAAACGGCCGCGCCUCCUCUCUGAACU